UCAGAUAGGUGUCUUUCAGGGGGCGAAGGGUGGCCGGUGUUUCCCGACACGAGUCGAGUGGCUCCGAGAGUGAGCAGAGCCCGACAUAUUCUGAACACCUUCCAAAUGUUGAGCCCGAGUCGUGAAGUGCUGCUCUUGAGGGGGGCGAGGUUGGAAGGGAGGGAGACUACGAGGGAGAAAACAGGCAACGUCCACACAGAUUUUCACCUCUGAAAGCAUCCCGACAUCUCCAGCUGACUGCACCGCAGCUCCGAGCGGCCAAUUAAAGGCACAAAACAAUUCGCCAGGAUGGUGUCAGUCAGUGUGAUCGCAUUCAGCUUUCUGCUCACCACAGCUCUUUCUGACACUGUGAAAGCCGACGAGUUCAAGACGUUGUUAAAUAAGGAGGAUUUCCACAUCGAGCUGACCUCACCCCUGAUAGAGAUCAAGUUUCGGGGGUCUGCUCAACGGUCCCCUGUUGUGACCCUGUGGCAAAGCGGCAAGGUGAUUGGCAGUCGGGCCAAACUUAACAAGGGCCUCAGUCACCUCGUUAUAGACAAUGUGGCCGAGGAAGACGAGGGCACGUACUUCAUCAAAGAUCCAGAGAACGAAAAGAACAACAGGAAUAUCACGCUGGUGGUCAGAGAUUGCACCGUUGAGGACAUUGUUAAAUAUGGAGACAAUUACCAUAUUCAGCUGCUUAGGGUGACUCCUCCCAUCACCCUGGAGUACAAGCCCAGCACUGUGGAGGCCAACCAGACAGCCAGACCUGCUCUGGUGCUGUACACCAGCUCAGGGAUGUCCAGAGAAGGCUACCAGGGUCGAAUCCAUGUCAGCGAGCGCCAAGUCAUCCUCAGUGCUGUCACGGGCGCAGACGAAGGCAGCUACACUGUCCGUGAUGGUGAAGGUGUCAUCCAAAGAAAAAAUUGUCUCAACGUCAAAGAGCACCAGAAUUUUGUGAUCUUGUCAUCUGGUAAAAAACUGAAGAUCAACCUGAUACUCAACAGUUCCUUGGUCCAGCUGUACUACACCCCGGAGAAUGGCGACAAAAACUAUCUGCUGCUGGACAAGGGAGUGUUUAAAACUGACGAAACGGGACUGGAUCUUGAGGACCGUAUCUCUCUGGAGGGUCCGUGGGUUAUUCUGAGUCAGAUCAAUGAAGCAGAUGUUGGCCAGUACAAAGUCACUGACAUACUGGGGUUCACUGUGUCCAGCACCCACGUGAAACUAGAACCCUACAAGCUGGAGUCACUGUAUGUGGCCAUCAUCGCCCUGGUGGGCCUGCUGGUCUUCCUUCUGCUGGUUUGUCUGCUGUCCUGCCUGAUCAAAGUGAAGAAGAGGGCCAAGAGGGCUGCUGCCCUGGAGAAGAUCGCCCAGAAUGCUGGCAAAGAGGAUGAAGGAGAGGCCUUCAGAGAGGUGGUGAAGAACAUCACCAAACUCAGUGAGGAGUCCAAGCAUUCCCAGGCAGACAAUACAGAGAAAUCUCAGAGCACUGAGGUAGACAUCAAAGGUCUGGAGGUUUCCUCUAAAGAGGUUGGUGUGGGUAACCUGGAGACCAGUGACUCUGGCGUUGGCUUUAACACCGCCCUCCCGCUGGACACUGACACUGAUGCCGCUGAUCAAAACCUCGACUCUGUAGCUGUUAGCAUCUCUGUUGCCUCUGAACCCAAAGCAAGUCCACCUUCUACUGCUGCUGCUGCUUCUGCUGCUGCUGCUGCUGAGUCUGAGUCCAAGCCAAGCGCUCCACCAGCACUGGAAAUUAAGUCCAGUCCAGUCGCUGAAACUAAAACUUCCCCAGCACCCGAGACCAAGAAAACCCCUGAUCAACCAGUAGAAGUAAAGUUGGACGUGCCCAAACCAGCAGAUGCUAAGCUCAGCCCAGCCUCGAGCCCCAAGGCUGGUCUGAGUCCAGCUGAUCCAAAGCCUGCACCUACCCCGAGCCCGGAGCCAAAACCAGCUGCUCCUAAAGCCCCCACUCCAACACCUGAAUCUAAGAGCGCCCUGACUCCAACACCUGAAACCCCCAAACCAACCACACCAGAACCCAUUACCAACGGUACACCCGAGCCAGGCCCGGAUUCAAAAUCAAGCCCAGAUCACGCCGAUGUUAUCGGAGCUCCCAAAGCUGCUCCCGCUAAAACCCCUGAAGUGGAGCUGAAAUCUGCCGCGCUAGAGGCCAGCAAAGAUAGCGCCGUGGCUGAGGAUUCAACCACCACCACCUGAAAACUUCUCCUGCAAAACCCCAAGGGAAGCCCCACAGAUCUUCUCCAUCUACCACCACCGUAGACAAUCGAACACCCCCUACCAAAUAAUGAAGAAACCACUGAAACUGGGGCGAGGACUUCGGUUUGACAUGUCUAAUAACUGAACACACUUUGAUAAUUGUCUCUAAAACUAACACAUAACCUUUGAGACUUUCUGAUUCAGAAAAUCUUCACACAUAACAAAUGCAGCUUGUUGACUGAUGCGGCUUUUAAUUGUAUACACUUUGCAGUUUUUUGGUAACUUGAACUGCAAAUUAAUUUCUUUGCAGAGUUUACAAAUAAAACAUUAGGUAUUAUCCACAUAAGGUAUUUUUUAAUAUAAUGAGGUAGCCAGAAAGGUUUACAACAUUUCAUUAAAACAAGAAUAUACUAGAAUUUGUUAUUUGGCCUUAACUACCAAUCACCUCCUAUCUAAAAUGCUUGUUCCUUUAUCAGCAUGUGGAUUAAACAAACAAAAUGCAUGAAAUUUCCAGCCAAUGUCAUCUCAGACCUACAAAACUGAGUAGCGAUGACUCUUUUAAUUGGACAUCAUCAAAAGGGAGAGUAAAGCCCUUAUAAUCACACACUGUACAUAGCUGAAGUAUGGAUGUUAUUUGCUUGUGCCAGUCAUCUGGCUUCAGAAACAUCUACAAUACAUGAUCACAUAAGGAAAAAAAGAUUAGUUUUCUUAACUUUGCCCACUCAAGAACACACUAAUAAUACUAACCCUUACUAUUUAUAGUGUCUGAGAUUGAGAUUCAGACUCCCAGUGGAUGUCUCAGAUGAUUAAAAUGUGUUUUGCAGACUGAUCCCUCAAGUCUGGAUCAACCACUUUACUGCCUUUGAUCUGGAUUUCCCCAUGGCUCUAUAAAAAUCCCAUUAUUCCUACAGUUUAAUAGCCAGCUCAUGCCAGCAGCAACUCCAGCCACUUAAUGGGACCACCAUGUUCCUGCUGUACGUUGGGCUUUCCAGAGGUGAAACACUGAAUGAAAGCAUCUGGUGAGUUCAAAUAGUUGAACAUGUUUCUUUUGUCCAUCAUUAUUUAGAUGAUCCUCCCCUUCUUUCCUUCAUCCUUUCUCCCCUUCUUUCCUUCAUCCUUUCUCCCCUUCUUUGCUGGGCAGCAUUUUGAACUACUUUAGUACAAAGCCUUUGACUGAGAUUAGAAUCAUGAUUUUGUUAUUUAUCUUUUAUUUAAACUUCCUCUAAAGUGUUUGUUUGUGUUGACAUUGACAGUGAGUAGUUUUUGUGUCUUUGGCCCUCUGAAAUUGCCCAAAGCUUAAACAUUUAUUCAAGGCAGCUUUGAAGUAACAAUCUUGAAGAUUUUCCAUUUAAAUAAACAUCUGUUAAGUCACUAUCUAUCGCCAAAUGAGUGUCUGUGGAGACACUACUGAGAAUCCUGGCAUACUGUUUUUACAGUCUCUGGAAGGAAAUGGUCACAAUGGCCAAACAAACAAACAAUUUAAACUUGUGUAAAAACUAGUGAAAGUGAAAGUGAGAUCCAAAAACAUACCUUUAGUUACACUUAUGGCCAUAGGUGGUGCCACAGAGAACAAAACCAGAUAAAUCUUCGAGAUAGUAAUUUUAAUGGCGCCAAAAUAAUCCCAUGAGGCCUUCACCAGUGCCACAACACCAUCUACAGUAUGUGGAUGUUCAGUCAACACAAAUGAAUCAUAGCUGAAACUCUUGUAUGGUACUGAGGAGGUGUGCAGUUACAUUUUAGUGUUAAGAUGCAUGUCUCUACCUCAUGUUUUAACUGACCACUAGGAAUCCAAUGACAGUCCGAGUUUAGUGCGCUGAAAUCUACACAAAGCAUUUUUAAGAGAAGCACAAAACCACAGCCAUGAAAAUGAAAUAAAACGAUCAAUGAAACGAAGGAACACUGUAAGAUGUAAAUCCAUCGAUGACCAACUGGCCUUUCUUGGUAGCUUUUGUGACUCAAUAGUUUUUUCUUACAAAUAAAUUACUAUCGAACAAUACGAUAUGGUACAAAGCUAGGUUUAGAUGUCAGAUUUGAUACGAAGAUCCAUGAAUAUAACAAAUAACUAAAACAAACAAAAAAAUUAAAUAAAGGGCAUUUAUGUUAAAUGGACAAACAGUAAAAUAUGUAUUACACAUGGACAAAGGCGUUCUAAUGUAAAACAUGUAAAACACUGGAUAUGCCUAAUUUCUAGCUUGGAUCUGAAAAGGAAUCACAGACCCAUUUUGGCAUUACAAACAAUUGUCUUCACACACACACUCACACACACACACAUUUACACACAGACACACACAUUCCAGCCUUGUAAAUAUUGCAUGUGUACGCCGGUUUAACCCCCUUAAGGCUGAAUGUUUCUCGUGUAUAGAAUGGUCGUUGUAUUAUACUGAAUAAUAAAGAAGAAAACUAAUUUAAAUUUCUCACCAACCUUAAAUCCAGAAUAUAAAAUAUAUACACAUACAGUACUAUAUACUAUAUUCACUAAUAUUCACUAACAUCUUGAACUAAUUUAAGAACCAAAUAUUGUAAAAAUCCAUCAAGACUAUAUUAGAUCUUUUUAGGUCAAUUUUCUGCUGUUUCAACCUGACGAUGCUCACGGCAUACAGCGUCUCUCACAGUAUUUACAUGUUGUAUUAAAAUGUUUAACCUACGUCACUUAAAGCAUUGACUGCAGCAUGCCCACGACAUGAAAAACAGGCUUUUAUUGUCCUAAAGUUGUGUCUGUGUGUGUGACCAGAGGAGUGAUGUUUUAAUGUUGCCGUCAUUGUGCGUCUGAGGUUUCUGUGUUUAGGUGUGUAUGCCUAUGACGCACAUACAGUAUGUACAAGUGUGUGAAUGAUUUAUGACCGAGUGUUUAUGCGUGCUGAAUCUAUGCAUAGGCAGUUUGUACAGGACGACACAACUGUACUUUACGUGUGCUUCUCCGUCUGUUGUGAGUAAGGUAUUCAUGUGCCUGCUUAAAUCGUCUUGCAACGUGAAGAAAACAAGUGCUGUGUUAAAGUCAUGAGUGUGAAUGUGUUUAAAGCCACAACAUAUUGUAAAAGAUAUUGUAACUUUGAGAUAUUUGAGUGACUCUUUGUCUUUGUUUAGUGCCUAAAACGUAUACCGGAUAGUUGGCCUGUAUUCUGUCAUUUGCCGGCACUCCUAAUGGCACCUUUUUCUUAAUAGGUAUUCAUGAAAGCUGUUUGCACACCUGACUGAACAAAGUGACUGACCUAUGAUAUGCUAAUGUGUAAGAGGUAUGUGACAUAUUGUAUGAAAAUGAUGAAAGUCUGACCUUCAGGUUUUCCAGAUGAUUCUGAGUAGCAUAAGGAGUGCUGAGAGUGCUCUAUUUGUUAUUGAAGGAAGACUUCACCGCUAAAACCACCAUCUGAAUAUCAAUUACCAGGCUGAUCUAAGAAAGGGUUCUCAGUUAUUCCUAUGAAAAGUAAUGCACUGAAUUUUGUAGCUGUCCCUCGAUAUUGUGUCUGUUUAUGUAGCAUGCAGACCAUGGACACAUUAAGGUAAUGUAGGAGGGCACAAACCCAGGACUUUGACCCAGGAGGCCGGUGUUUAUGUCAUGUUGGAAACGCCUAAACCUGAUUAAACUAAACUUAACCAAGUACUUGUGGCGCCUAAACCUAACCAAGUAGUUCUGUGUUACCAAUAACGUUACCAAUGUCUUUAAAACAGUGACAAUUACAUAUUUCAACCUGCAACCAUUAUUUCAUGGGAUAUCAUACAAACUACAUUGUAUAGGUGUUUAUAAGAAACCAUACAAACCUGUCCAUGGCAAAUUGCUCAUCCAGUGUUACCUUGAAUUCCUGAAGAAAACCAUAUUUUUCUCAUGUGCCUCCAUGGUGAAUGGAAAAAACGAUAUCAAAACAACAGUUUCCAAACUCACACAGUUCUUGCAGUAUAGUCAAAGUCUGUGUGAGUCAGUGUGAGAGACAGUGAUAGCGGAAGUGUUUUAAAUAGUAUGAAUUCAGUGAAAAAUAAUAUAUUUGGGAAGUACUGAGAAAACAAAUGGAAAAAUGAGACUUGGAUUAUAUUGCACAAGUUGUCAGAGAGUUUGUAAACAGAUAUUUUGAUGUAGUUUUGCUCCAUUUUAUUCAAUUUAAUAAGGAUUAACCCUAUUUGAGAAUUCUCCAUUCAACAUGGAGCCAUGUGAGAAAAAACAUUUUCUCCAGGAAUUCAACAGGGUGAGUAACUGAUACACAAAUGGUCUUUUUAAUGGUGAAGUGUGCCUUUAAGGGUGUUUUCCAUUUCAUUAAUCAAGCCUGUGGCACAGUUAGGAGACUGUGAGUGGAUUGAUGAAUGCAGCAGAUGAAUGAUGGAGCUUUGUGUGGGUAACCCUGGGUUAUCUUGUGGGAAGCAAUUGAUUAGAGACAGCAUUUCUGUGCACCACCACUUCUGUAUAUUGUCAGUGAUUGUAAUACCAAGCCACUCCAGCCAGAGUGAGAAGGGAUGUGAGAGAGGCAGACAGUGAGUGGUGGGCAGGACAAGCCUUUGGUUUACAUGUUACCAGCAUCUCAAAGAAGGCUCAGUCUAGUGGGGUUGGAGUUAUUACAUCGAACUGGUGCCAGAGGGAUUCUGGUGUCGUACCCACCUCUGAUAACCCACGAAUAGAAACCACUACUUUUAACACCACUGACACUUCUUGCACUAUGUGAGUCGUCUCUGCCCUGAUCUUCUCUGUUUACUUCUGCUGUUCUGGCCUGGGUGUGGUGUGACAUCCCACAUCUUCUUUCUGUACUCCCUUUUGCACAACACUUCACACAGAUGUUUUGUAAAGAAGAUAUUUUUUUCUUUAUUUCAUGUCUAAAGGAAUACUAAGAAUAAACAAGCGAUUAUGA